AUGGAGUCUCCGCCUUCAUUUUCUACACAGUCAGAAGCGCCACCGUUAAGUGAAGACAGUGGUUUACUGAUUACGAGUGGAUCGUUUUCUAGUGAUUCUGCCAGUGGAUGGCAGCACGUCGCAUCCGAGUUGCAGGAAAGUGAUUUCGAUGAAAGAUCAUUAUCACUCUGCGAGUCAACAGAGACCUCAGAACGAAUGUGUGGAGAUUUCUUUAAUACAGUCAAAAAAGGACCUGCAAAAGUAAUUCUCACAACCAUUGAACCUCCUCCUGAAUUCCAGGAUAAUCCAGGCUCAGUUAUUAUUGAAAAAUGUACGACUGUGCUCGUUCCUCCGUCUGUUGUUUGUACUAAUGAUUCUCCGAAUAAAAUAAAAAUAACUAGUUUAGAUAUUUCUAUGUCUACGAGUCAUGUGUCUCCCAUAUAUCCAAGGAAAUUGAAACCAGAUUCUUUAUACGAACGUCGGCAAUGUUUGAAUCAUCGGUUCACAAGCCCACGUUUGCUUCACCUUAGUCCGUGUCGUGCAACAAGACCUUCAUCGAGAAAUUCUCUUUCUUCACGAUUGUCCAGUAGUCAUAAUUCUCUCAUAACUCAAUUUCAAGUCGAUGAUUCCAGUUUUAUAACGCAGGCUAUAUCACAUGACACGUUGUCAGCCAAAACCUCCGACAUUACGGAUAUGUACAAUGUACCAUUCGAUAGCGAUAUUUACGCAGUACCUAUUGACAUGGUCAGACCUAACCGUAACAACAUUCGCAUUAAAGGUAAGAGAUUACCAAGAAAUAAUAAGAAGCGUGGGAAAAGCACUCCCCAAAAUAUAGGAGCCAACUGCCCCUCAGAAAGAAAUACGAAGUUAAAAGAGCCUGCCAGACAUAAAGAUGUUAAAACGAAAAGGCAUAGUUUACCGAGUUCUUCAUUUAAAAAGAGCGCAACUGACUCUGACACUGAUUCUUUGCAAGUGACCCUUCGUGAAAUGAGAAAAUAUCUGCAUACUCUUUAUUCUAGCUCCAGUGAUUCAGAAUGUCGAAAUACAAUGAAUAAGAAAAAUAAUGCAAUAAUAACUGGUGUAGGCAAACACACAAGGCAUUGUAGUAAAGAAACGGCGACUGCUGUUUUGUUGAAGGAAAGCAAUGAAUUGGGUAAAACUAUGGAAACUAAUAACAAUCACAAGAAAUCUAGCAAAAAUUCCUUUGGAAUGAAUUCUAAGAAUAAGAAACAUAAAGAGAACAUACCGAAAGAUAUUUUAGGUGUAGAUAAAAAUGAAAAAUGUGUAAAAAAGUCUAACCAGUGUCAGAAAACAAAAUUGAAUCCUGUGAGAAUAUUGUCAAUAAACUUAAAGCAGAGUUUCUGUAAUUUAUUUCGAUGGCGACGGCAUUCUGUAGUUGAGAGUACGGUCGAAGUUGAAAAGGUGACUGGUAGUAGAGAUAGUCCUCCGGCCGCUGUGCGACGCGCUCUGCCCCCAUUACCACAGACUCCUCACACUUCACAUCGCUCCGUUAACGAAGAGGAUCAAAUUAUGGACUUUGCCACUUCUUUACAAAAAGUAAAAGAUUAUGGCUGGUAUUGGGGUCCCAUAUCGGUUGAAGCUGCUGAGAAAAUACUUUCAAAUGAACCAGACGGUUCGUUUAUUGUCCGAGAUAGUAGCGAUGACCAUUAUAUAUUUACCUUGACUUUUAAAUUAAAUGGACUUCGACAUGUUAGGAUAGAGCACGAUCAGGUCCACACCUCGCAACACGCACAAUUCGCACAUCACAGUUAAAUAGAAUAUAAAAACAAAAUCAUUACCUGUGCGGUACAUAAAUCUGAUCUUUUAAACUACGCAUCGGAUUUCAAUGCGCUUCUCAUCAAUAUACAGAGUGAUUCAAGAGUAAGGUUUAUGUGUAUAAUACAAGACCACGCGAGCGAAGUCACUGGCGGAAAGUUAGUUAUCUAUAUAUCACUUUUUACAGGUAAUUUUUGUUUUGGCGGUUGCACAAUGUUCAAAGCUCAGACGAUAGUAGAGUUCAUAGAAAACGCUGUGGAGACAUCCAGAAGCGGCCGCUACUUGUUCUUUUUGAACCUGAGACCUGUGCUGGGACCCGUCCGUGUACAACUACUGUACCCAGUGUCCAGGUUCAAACGUGUGCAGAGCUUACAGCACAUGUGCAGAUUUGUGAUAUUAAAAUACGUACGUCGUGACCUCAUUAGCGGCCUGCCUCUACCGAGACGUCUUCUAGAUUACCUAAGCGCCACACACUACUACUCUGAACUACUUGCCGACAUAUAGGUGAUAUGUAUAAAUUACAUUAUUAACAAGCACUCCUUUUGAUCUGACAUCAAAACAAAUCUAUUUCUAGCUAUUUGUAAUGCUUAGCAAAUAUAUUAGAUCAUUUGUAAUAAUGAAAUUAACAUGCAAUUUUAUCAUUGCGAUAAAUAGUAAGUGUACAUUAUAAUGUAUUUGCAGUUAUAUCUCUUUUGUGCACACUUUUUGUGUAUGCUUUGGCUAAUAUGAAUUUAUUUAGAGAUGUAAGCAAUAGAUACCAGACUUCGUGCCUCAAUGAUCUAUAUAAUUUCGAAAGUAAUAUUCGAGACAUAUUAUAGUUUUGAAGUAUGUAUGUAUACAAUGUUAGAUUACUAGAUAAUAUUCUGCUAUUUACUGUGUAUUAAAUCAGCUAAGUGCAACCUAAGCAAUCCUAGCGAGUACAAUCUAUUUAUUAUAGUAAGCCCUCACUGAGUUAAUUGUGUAGCUCGGUAUUUAAAAUCACACUAAAACGAUAGGCGUUAAUAUUGAAGGUAGUUUAAUUCUAUUUAUUUUGUGGUUGUGUGGUUUUUAAUUAGUAAUGUUAGAGUAACGUAUGUAAUUUUUGUAACGAAAUGAUAUUUAAAUACUUAUUAUUAACUUAUUACAGAUUAGAGCUAACUUGUUAAUGAAACCAGUAUGCAUAUAACCUUAAUGUUAUAUGUUUUCGUAAUGGAUGUAACUUAUUUUUGGGUUGGUUAAGUUAAAACAAUUAAUGGUUGAUGUACUGAGUUAGUUACUGUUAAUGACAAUCUAAGGUAUGUAAACAUUCUGUGGAUGAUGAUAUUUAUCGACAGUUUCUUUUUAUCGCUUUUGCAUCGGCGACUUUAUUUAUUAAAUAAUGUUAUUUGUUACUGAAUGACUUUAAAAAAGGUGGAAACGAUUGCUGGGCGUUGAGUAAACUAAAUUUUUAACCGGAUUACCUUAGUCCAUUGCAUAUCUAAAAAAUUCAAAAUUCCAAAUACUAAAUAAAUAUCCCACGAAUAUAUUUAAGUUAAAACUUACACUCGAUCUUCUGGCAACAUCGUUUCGACGCGAACAGGAUAAAUAAUGAUAUUUUUUUUUUCAAAUUAAUAGCAUUAUACAUCAGCACGAUGUGUUUACUACCAGUCGAUGCAUUGAAUUUGCCAAAGAUAACUUUUAAUUUAAUAACUAUGUUGUGUAUAUUGGGUUAUUUAUGUUAAUUAGUAAUGCUCUCAAAACUUUUAUUAAUAUAAUGCCUUUCAAAUUACCACCGUAACAUUAAAUAUAAGAUAUAACAGUAAGGUUUUACAAAGACAUACAUAUCACCUUAUACUGUUGAAUAAUGUUAAAAUCAACCUGUUACCGAUGUAACAUUAUUAAUAUACAUGCAUGUUGUUUUAAAUAUUAAGGGUUGAUUUUUCUUUAACUCAAAUAUUUAAUCCGUGCGGCUGUGGGCACUAUCAU